UUCGCCUUAUUCGUCACCAGUCUCUGAAAUCUGUGAUCGACUCUUCAGGUCUGUUAAUUUUCAAGAUGGCGCCGCUCACAUCUUCCACACGUGAAUUGUUCAGUGAAGCAGUUCGGGCUGUUUUGGAAACGUGGCCGGUGCUGCAAAUCGCGGUCGAUAAUGGUUUUGGUGGAGCUUACAGUCAGCAGAAAGCGGAGUGGAUGGUGGACGCGCUGCAGCAGUAUUUCAACGACAACGAUGAGCUGCUGCAGGACGAAGUGGAGGAUUUCAUCUCACACCUCAUGAACAACGAGUUCGACACGAUGGUGGAUGAUGGCAGCUUGCCUCAGGUGGCACAGAAGGUGUGUGUGAUGUUCCAGCAGUGUCAGCAGGGCAAACUGACGGACGUCAGAGAACAGAUCAACCAGCUGAUUCUGAAGAAGAGCGCUGGGAGGGCAAAGGCCACACCUGGCAAAACACCUGAUGAUGAUGAUGAUGAUGAUGAUAAUGAGUGUGAAGAUGAAGAGGCUAUGGAUUGUGCUGGAGGUGCAGAGGGACCAUCAGUCAGCAGCUCAGCAGUGAUGGAGCAGCUUCCACAGGACACCAGUCAUGAGGAAGAGGAUGAUGGAUGGACGCUUGUAUGUAGGAAGAAGUAACUGGACUUAAAGUAUUAGGACUGAUGAAUUUCUUAAUUUAAAAGACAUUUUAAGGGCCUCUUCUACUCUGGAUACUUCUCCAUUUGCAACUGCAACAAACUCAUGAAACCUACAAUAUAUAUCAUGCAUCUGAUGGUUAAACAGAUCGAUACGGAUGGAUUACCUCACUGGACCUCUUG